AAAUGCCAAUAAUUUGUGUAUAUAUCUAUGUAGCUGGAGGAUGAAAAACCAUAAAAUUAGCAUGAAUAUCAAAAGCAUAUGGCGUUUCUACAUGAAACUACUUAAUCUGACUCCUACAUAGAAAAAUAAACGAAGAUGUCGACAAAGAUGAAGGGCAUUUUCAAAGGCAUCAGAUACAUUUCUCAAAUAUUUGAUGAUGAGCAGCAGGCAGAAGAAGACUUUCAGAUUGGGCUUCCCACAGAUGUAAAGCAUGUUGCUCACGUAGGGUGGGAUGGAUCUGAUUCAGCACCAUGUGAUUCCAAACCUGAUAAAGACGGUUCCGAUGUCAGAUGGGUGUCAGAAGAUUCGAAGAGGGCACAAAAACCAAAGAAAUCCGCCCAAGAGAAGGAGCAAGGUAAAAAAGCGUCGCGGCGGCGAUCAACAGACGGUAUUAAUCCACUGGACGCCCUCGGGAAACCCAAACGGGCCCCGAGAGAGCCAUCGGAUGCUAAGGCGCAGGACCCCGACGCCCCCAAGAAAGCGCGUCGGAAGAAGGCUGAAGGCACGGAUCAAGGCAGGCGCCGCAAGAACAGAUCAUGCGGGGAUGUAAUGGUUGAUUAUGGGUCCGAUAGCGGCCCUGCUGGGUAGAAACUGGGAGCUCAGUUGAGUGAAGACGACGAAGACAGACAAAGUAGAGGGAAUUGGUGAUAAUCUGCUUUCAAUUUUUGCAUUGCUUUUCCCUUCCUUGGACUUUUGUAUUUCGUUUUUGGCUAGAUAGCGGUUGAGGUGAACAAUGAAUAUGACUCUUUUUAAACUAAUGAUGUUGUACAAAUUAGACUUUGAAU